AUGGUGUUAUCAGCUGCAGUGAGAUAUAGAGGUAUCAUCUUGGGAAGAUUUAUCUGGCUUCUGCUUUUCUUUGACCUCAUGGUACUGAGUCUAUUUUGUGAAGCUUGUGAGAAAGUUACUUUUAAUGCCCCUCAUAAAUUGGAAGCAGGAAUGUUUAUUGGCAAAGUAAACAUGAAACAGUGUUUUCAUCAGUCUGGAAUUAUUAGCUCAAGCAAUCCCAAUUUUAUAGUGCUGGAUGAUGGUUCAUUGUAUACAACAAAUGCAAUGUCCUUGUCUUCCCAUGAAAACAUCAUUGCCUUAUCCUUUAAAGGCACUGAUGAAAAUGAGCCAAGAACAAUACAUGUACAUUUGUUAACAUAUCCAGAAAAGGCAGCAAGACAUAAGAGAAGACAUGUACGAGAGACUGUUCUUAGCCGAACUAAACGAAGAUGGGCUCCUGUCCCAACUAUUUUAAUGGAAAACUCACUGGGACCAUAUCCAAUGCAAAUUCAACAGUUAUCUUCUGACAUGGCCCUAAAGUACAAUAUUAGAUAUUCCAUAAGUGGUCCUGGUGUUGACAGACCACCACUGCAUUAUUUCUACAUUGAGGCAGAAACUGGAAACCUCUUUGUUACCAGUCCAAUAGAUCGGGAGGAAUACCCAGAAUUUCAGCUGAUUUGUUAUGCAAUGACCCCGGAUGGAUACACGCCAGAAAUACCACUUGUGCAUACCAUCAAAAUAGAGGAUGAUAAUGACAAUGCUCCAGAGUUUGACCAUGAUAUUUACACUUUUCACGUUCUCGAAAACAGUAGAAUUGGAACAAUAGUUGGAGAAGUGACAGCAACAGACAAAGAUGAGCCAAACACCUUACAUACCAAAGUGAAAUACAGAAUUUUGUCCCAGCAUCUCCAAAGUUAUCAGAACCCUGGUCCAUUUGCCAUACAUCCAGAUUCAGGAUGUAUUACUGUUGCAUCAUCAAAUCUGGACAGAGAGACAACAUCUGAAUAUUUAUUAGAAAUAGAAGCAAGAGACAUGGGAGGCCAGGAGUUUGGCUUGUGCACAACAGCAAAAGUGCUAAUUGAGAUUGGAGAUGUAAAUGACAACGUUCCAGAAGUACUACAAACUGUGUAUGAAGUGACCCUGUUAGAAAACACAGCAAAUGUAGAACUAAUAUGCAUCCCUGCGAUGGACAGUGAUGAACCUGGGACACCUUCAUGGUUGGCUUCAUUCACUAUUAUAAAGGGAAAUGAAGAUAAUAGUUUUUGCAUUACCGUUGAUCAAGAGAGAAAUGUUGGAUGUUUAGAUGUUUUAAAGGGCUGGACUAGGAAUACCAAGGAAAGAAGAUUAAAAAUUGUUGAAUACGAAGCACCUUAUGCUGCAGCAGCAAGUGCAAGGGCCAUUUCAACAAGUAUGUCACUGUGUGAUCGAAUUAGGGCAGAUGAGGGACCAGUAUUUGAGCCCUGUGAAUGUCUGUACAUAAAGGAAUGUUUACCAAGUGGAACAGUGGUUGGUAACUACCAAGCAAGGGACCCAGAAACUGGAAAUAGUGGAAGCAUAAGUUACAGAAUAGUAAAUGACCCAUGCAAUUGGAUCAUCAUUGACCACAAAGGAGAUCUGAAGACCACUAAAAUUUUAGACAGAGAUGCACCAGACAUGACAGACAGUCAGUGCAAUGUUACAGUUUCUGCUACUGAUCAAGGUGGUCAAACAGGUAUUGGAGAAAUUGUGAUAACACUGAUAGAUGAGAAUGACAAUUACCCUGUGGUUACCAGAACAAAUUACAUCAUGUGUAAGGACAAAACACCAGUGCAAAUUAAGGCCUUUGAUGCUGAUAUGCCUCCUCACACUACACCUUUCCACUUUGAAAUAGAAAUGCCUGUGGACUCUACAUGGACAAUAACAUCAAAUGAAGAUGCAUCAGUUUUGAUUUCAGCAGUGGAAGAUAUAGACUAUGGCUAUUAUACAAUUGUCCUUAGAAUAUAUGAUAAUGGAGGUACAAGUGGAACAAGUGAAAUAGUAAUUCACCAUUGUGACUGUGUCAUUCCAAGUGAAUGCCCAAGUCAGUUCUCUCCUUUGAAUGCCCCUGUAGAUCGUAGUCCAUCUGAAGUAGUGUAUAGUACAGCUUUUGUUCCUUGGGGUGUUGUUUCAACAGUAUUUGGAUCACUAUUACUGAUGGCAGGUGUGGGCACACCAGUUGGUCUUUGGCUUCGUAAAAGAGGUCCCAUGACUCAUGAAGUCUCUGAUAAUUCAGCUUUUCAAAACUUAAUUGUAUCAAAUACCGAGGCACCAGGGGAAGAAGUAAUGGACCUGAACAUAGUUCCUGUGAAAAUUGUGAAGACAUCUGUGAGCAUGAGCACAGUUCUUGAAAAAAAUGAGAAGGGGGAAAGCAUGGAACUAGUGAAAGGAGAAGGGGGCUCCACAGCAGAAUUACUCAAAGGGGGAGGAAAUCAUAUAACAGGAUCUUUGCGACAUAUUGAACAGCCCCUACGGAAUUCAUGUAAAGAUAUCUGUUCAGAAUGGCAGAAUUUCACCAAUCCUCAUUUAGCUGAAAUGGUGUUUCUUUGUGGACAGGAUGAAGAACGUAAACAUGUUGGAGAAUAUGUAGUGCCAUAUACCUAUGAAGGAAAAGACUCACCAGUUGGCUCCCUAAGCUCUUGUACGGGUGAGUCAGAAGAAGAAGAACUUGAUUUUUUGAAUGAGCCAGAGCCUCCCUUUCGGACAUUAGCUGAAACCUUUGUAAAUUCAUUGGGAAGUUCCCCUGUACAAACUUCAUUGAAAUGA